GUUUAGAUGGUAAACUGUGGUCUGGUUGUUCUUGUUUGGAUCCUCCUCGCGUCCUGUAUCAAGGUCGCUGUUCAUUCUGGAACAGGUACCCUUUGCACAGGACAAGCAUCGACUUGGUUCCCUUUGAAUGUUUAGGAUCUCAAUUGGCAGAUCCUCUCGGUGUUUCUUUCUGUUUGAAAGUUGUACUUUGGUACGGUUUUCAGUUUUUCUUCGCUUUUUUGGCUGAGUUUAAAAUCGUCGCUGUUGUCAUUGUCUUUUCGUAUAUUCGUUUACGAAAUUUAUAUCGUACCGAAAUCAACCUUCGUUCUAUAGGCGACUAUCCCGGUUUUAAAAGAUGCGUCCCGUGCUUGUCGCCUCGCUGGCAAAUGUCAGCUCGGCGCUGAUGCUUUCGUCAAGUACGGAGCCAGCCGCGGAGAAGGAAUUCACCAAAGUGUUGAAGCCGGAAACGCCGGACGGUAUUGCCACAGAUCCGGAUGACGUCCAGGACGCGUCAAAAUUGGUGGUGUGCGAGGACGAAGAUGUAUUGCCUUCCUUGCCAUUUUUUAUAUCAUUCCUUUGCAAUGCGAGUGGAUGAGAAUGUUGAGUCCUCGCGUUGUAAUGGUGAUGACGACGAGGACGAUACGCGCUUUAGAUUGUGCUUGUGCGCUCCUGCAUGUAGUUUGGAUUUGCAGAAAAGGCGUUUUUAUCAUAGUGAAUGCAUGAAGAAGAGGAAGACUACUUUUAGUUGUAAUUCCAACAAGAGGGCAGCAAUCGCAAGCUUGAAAAAAUCAAUGAAUUGCAGGUUCCGUUCCCGACCAAAGUGAUCUUCAGCACUAUCAUGGGUUGCAACCGCGGGGAUAAGGACCCAGAGGCGCUGUGUGACAAGUACAACAGCAAGGGCUGCGACAACGAGGUGUGCCAUGACAUCUGCCACGAGAUGUACUCCUCCAAGGAGCACUACAAGGGCUGCAAGUGCGUCUCCUGGGGCGCGGAACCAACCAGCUUCAAGACUUACUCUCCGGGUACAAAUAAACACUGAUCAUCAAUGAAAUUUAUUAGAUAUGCGAGCACAACUGUUUUUAAAUUUCAAUUCCGAAAAAAAAUCUGCCCCUCUUCUGUCGCAUAAAUGCAUCCCAAAGAUUACCACUACUGGUGCGCACUCUCCGACAUUCAACCUCAGGUGCGCCGUGCCCGCUGAAGGUGCAGCCCCGCUGCUACGAGGGCACAUUGUACCGGUCAGAGUGCGAGGCGUUCCACGACAACGAGGGUAUUUCCGCGGCGGACAUGACGGUUGUGCCGAAGGACGCCUGGCCCGGUAUGGGAUUCUCGAUCGUUACAUCGCUCGUUGCUUUGAUGUCAGGCAAAAUCGGUACCUGCAACCUCCACACAAUCGCUCGACUUCGCAUGACAAGCAAAAUUGAGACCCGAUACAAUUUUUUUCUGAGGCCAGACGCGCAAGCUCGACGCAAUGCUUGAGCUUGCUUCAGCUUCGUCCUUUCGCUACUGCUGGGCCUGCGUCGCAAAACCAUGUAGCAGCGACGAGUGUACUACCGUUUGAAAAUUCCAUACCCGAGGGCGACACGACCGCGAAAAAGCCGAGCGACCCGGCCUGCGUGUGAGGCACUGACACGAGGAAAACACGUCUGACUUUGAGGACAGAAGGAAGAAUGUAGACUGUGAGGUUCGUAGGAACCUUUUUUCUCAUGUGCAUCUUGUGCUUGUCUCAGUGUAGAGGUCGGGAAACUAGUUUCACACUGUAGCUGUACUGUACGAUUGAUGUCUGAAGUUUAGUAUGUACGAAUUCCUAAAAUGCACGAGUUUACCUUCUCGGUAACGGGAUCAAAAGCACCAACUUCUUGCCACGUAAAUCUUCCACACCACGCGCCGUAUUAGAUAUUGCUGAAUUUUGCUAUUGACACGGUUUUCGUUUUCAUUGUAAUUCAUUGCUAUUGACACCUUUUUUUAUUGUAAUUCAUUGCUAUUGACACUUUAGAUUUUCAUUGUAAUUCAUUGCUUUUGGCAAAGGAAAGGAUUUCGAGGAUGUGGCAAUUUUGUCAGAAGUUGAGAGACACAUCACCGCCGAAAAUAAACCCGUGGAACAGUAUCUGGGAACUAGUGCAUGGUUUCGCCGACCUCUGUAUCGUUAAGAGCAAGACAAGCGCACAAAUGGCUUCAUGUUGAUCGCCAGUUUUGUCGGUGAAGUAGUUUGCCUGUGUCGCGUUUUCCUGUUUUUUUUGUCCGACGCGACGCAAUAUAGAUUCUACAAGGCGUGGUCGACUCCCCGAGUGUGUUUCUUUUCCUACAGUUACAUACAUGGUAUCGGUAUUCGGCGCGGCUUGAAGACCAGG